AUUGUUAUAAAUAGCAGCAGUAGAAAGGAAAGUGCUAUAACCUGAGUUGGAUUAUCAGAAGCGAGCAAGCUAAGCAAUGGCUCAAGUUUGUGUGCUUGAGACUACUAAACAACUCAGAGCACCUCCUGAAAAGCUCUUCAGCCUUCUCAAGUCUCAAAACCAGAAAAUACCAAACGCCUCUGACAAGGUUCAUGAUAUUGAAGUUCUUAAUGGUGACUGGGUAACUCCAGGCUCUGUCAAGCUUUGGAAGUUUACCCUAGAGGGGAAAGAAGAAGUAUUUAAGGAAAGAGUUGAGGUGGAUGAAGAAAACAAGACUCUGACUUACAGCAUUGGGGGGAAUGUAAGGGAAUUGUACAAGAGCUAUCGCUUGAUCCUCAAAGUUGAGAUGAAUGGAACUGUCAAGUUACGAAUCGAAUACGAGAAGCUCAAUGAAGAUGUCCCACCUCCUCACAGAUACCUUCACUUUGUCCUCGAUCUUUUGAAAGAGAUCCAACACAAACUAGUUUGAGCGUUUUGAUAUAUAUAACCUUUGAUCAACAAUAUAUUUUAUAUAAAUGAACUAGCUAGUGUGAGUUCCAUGACUGUGCUCAUGAAUAAUAUAGCUUGUUAGAAUUUUAUAUUAUAUAUAAAAUGGGGAUGAUAGAUACGUGGACUGUAGCUAGCUAGCUAGUGAUGGUGUGAUCUAUGCAUGAAUGAUAUUCAUGCAACUAUGAUAGUUUUUGAGUUUAUAUUUAGUAUGCAAGAAUGAUUUAAGUGUGUAGGUUGGAAGAAAUAAUUAUAUGCAAAUGAAACCUUCAUAUA